AUGAUUUUGUUGCAGUCCCAUUCCAGAUUUCUCCUUCAAACUUUGUUAAAUCGUGUCCAAAAUCUUGACAAAGCAGUUGAAUUGGAUUACCACUGGGUGGAGUUUGAUGAUGUUCGUUACCAUAUUCUGGUGUCAAUGAAGAAUACAAAUGUCUUGCUGUUAUCCGUUUCAUUACCAAUUCCACCUCCAGAAGCUGUUUUCAUGGGUGGACUUCCAUUUGGAGCCAUUGAAGCUAUAAAGGCUGCUUAUGGUGUGGUUGUGCAAAUUCUCGAUCCUCCCAGAGAUGGCUUUAACCUCACUUUGAAACUCAAUUUGGCGAAACUUCCACCUGAUGAAGAGCACAGGUAUGCUCUCUUGGUAAAGAUUGCAUCUGUUAGGGAAGUGGUGCUAGGUGCUCCAUUAAGAGUAGUUUUAAAACAUCUUGCAUCAAGGACUGUUGUUCCUGAUGUAGAUCGGUUUCUGGCCCUCGUGCAUCGGCCUAAGGAGUCAUUCUUCCUUGUUCCUCAGCCAGACAAGGUUACUGUGGUGUUUCCUAUGAGAUUCAAGGACUCCAUAGAUACCGCUCUUGCUACUUCCUUCCUUCAGGAAGCUCCUGCUGAAGCAUUGUCUGCAAAUGCAGGAUUUGUUUCUUUUGUCAUUUUUCCUCGUCAUGUGGAAGGCAAAAAGUUGGACCGGACAGUGUGGAAUUUAUCAACAUUUCAUGCAUAUGUUAGCUAUCAUGUUAAGGCCUUGGAUCGUGCAAAACCAGGUGGAGAGGAGAAAAAGAAAUCACCAAAUAGCAGAUCUUUUAAACGGCUGAGCCUCAAGGAAGCUCGAGCUAAUUCAAUUUCUUAA